UAUUAAAUUUAUUAUCGUUGGUGGUCCUUGUUUCGUAAGAACAUACCGAUGACGUUAUAUUCCUAUUUGUGAUUGAGUCUGUGUUCAGGACGGUCGCUUCUGCAGGACCCAGAAUCCUCUGCGCUGAGCCAAGAUGGAAGAGCCCAGCUGCUGCGGGAAAACAAUGUUUUGGCUCUAGAUGUUCAAAAAAGAAGAGCUGAGGGCGAACUACGAGAGCCAAAACCCCUGGGCCAUGUUCCUACACCGGAUGAAACCUAUUACCACCCCAUAGUUUGCCUGGCUGCCGGCUUUUAUCAUGAACAUCAUUCAAGACAAACUAGCCAAUGAAUUCCUUCGCUCCAACGGGGGCAUGGACACCAAUUUUGGCCCUGGCAUGAUAAUGUUCAGCCACCUCCCGCCCGUGACCAGCUUUACCCGGCUGGCUGCGCACUCCGUGAUGCAGGACCUUCCACCUCAAGAAAUGAUCCUAAAGAAAGAGCGUGACUCUCCUGACUGCAGCAUGGAUGCCCAUGGUCUCGGCCUGGGCGGCAUCGGUGUGGGAGACUAUGUUCACACCAUGGGCAUUAAACAGGAGAAGCCAUCGGAGCAUGAUUAUCGCCUGCCGCUCUACCCUGGAGGUCUAGAGAAGAGCACAGAGCUGCUGGAGGUGACAGUCAGUAACAACCAGGGCCUGCUGGUGCAUGACCUCAACACAGGCAAUCUGCCGACUCAGUUAGGAAAGCAGCCCACUGGGAAAAAGGGUCGAAGGUCAAAUGGUGAUGGACAGGAGGCGAAACCAAGAAAGAAGAGAAGCGAUGCAAAGCAAUCCAUGAUGCUGGAUCCAGAGGGAAGCAGCCUUUCACCAGGGACUAAGCCUCACAUCUGUGAGCACUGCAGUGCAUCCUUUAGAAGCUCCUAUCACCUGCGCAGACACGUCCUCAUUCACACAGGCGAAAGACCUUUCAGGUGCAAUCAGUGCAACAUGAGUUUCAUUCAGAAGUACCUUCUCCAGCGACACGAGAAAAUUCAUAGCGGAGAGAAACCAUUCAGCUGUGACCAGUGUAACAUGCGGUUCAUUCAGAAGUAUCACAUGGAGAGGCACAAGAGGACACACAGUGGAGAGAAGCCGUACAGAUGUGAGACCUGUCAACAGUAUUUUUCUAGAACAGACCGCCUGCUCAAGCACAAGCGAACUUGUGGAGAAGCCAUUAAAAAGGGACUGGAUCCCGGGAUGAUGGACUUGGGUUGUGUUGACAUGGGGCAUGGCAGCUAUGGAAUCACUCAGGGAAAUGUUGUGAGUACCAGCAGAAAGAGGGGCAAGUCCAAAAAUUGUGGGGAAGGAGGGGAGCGCAAAAAGAAGAAGGCGUACAGCGGAGGGGAAAGGAUACCACACCUUCAUGGUGUGGCAUCAGGAGGUUACAGCCUCCAUGAAUAUUCAAUGGAGAACCAAACAGUAUCUUCCUCUACUGAGCCUGGGCCCAGCAUGCAGCAGAGCCAUCAUGGACGCGCUCCAAAAAUGGCUUUUAAGAAAGCCAACCGUAAAAAUCUGGCCAAAGCAGGCUCAAUGGAGCAGAACGUAGGCAUGGAUGGACUUGGCCUCAUGCAGGGUAAUGGAGCCAAAGUUGGCACCAGCAGCAACUACGACGAUGCCAUGCAGUUUCUAAAGAAAAGACGGUACCUUCAUGCAGCAAAUACAACAAACCCAUCCGGCUCAGUGGCUGGAGGAACCACCGGUGAGUACGAUGUCAACAUUGGCCACCUCUCCUCACAGCCAUCUGUAGUACAAUGUGUGGUUUCCAGUGUGAUGGACAGUGAUGCUCCCCUGAGUCUGGACAAGUCAGGAAUCCCCGACGAGGUGUUGCAGAGCCUUCUUGACCACUACACCCAGAAACCUGAUGGUUCUCAUCACGAUGUUCAUUUUGGCAUCAGUGACCAGCAUGUGGAGCUGAACCCUGGCUCAGCUGAUGGUGCUGACAUUGGCCAUGGAGCAGGCACAUCCAGCCCCUCUGGAGACAAAAACAUAAUGAUGCAUGAAUACUCUCGCUUCCUGCUGCAGGCUUUGGAGCGGACAAGUCACACCAGCAGCUUUCCUCUUGGCCCAGGUUCUCCUGCCUCAGGAUUGUUCACAAGUUCCCACCCAGGCAACCCCCUCUAUGCUGACAAGAACAUAUACACUACAUCCCCACUAGAGUGUGGGUUUGGCCAGCCCGUGUCCUCGCCUUCGCUUCCUUCGUCUGUGCCAAAAUCUCACUUUGCAAUGCUGACCGGCACCUCGCCGCAGCACAGCUUCCACCUAAGCAGCCUGGAACCAACCACUCACCAGCAGCUCACGCCAUCUCAGGAGCUCACAGAGCAGAUGGAGAAGCAGCACUCCUCAACUCCCCCCUCCUCUUACCAAAUCAGCCCGUCUGAUCUGAGCAGCCAGAAAGACCAGCAGCCGGUCAAGAAUGGCACCGCAGUCUUCCCCCUCGCCUCCUCGCAGGAUCUGGCCUCACUGGACUCGUCCAAGCCUUCGUACCAGAUUGAAAACUUUGCCCAGGCCUUUGGCUCCCAGUUCAAGUCAGACGGCCGUGGCUUGUCGUAUGGCACUGACUCUGGCGGGGAGGUGGAUCACAGGAUACGAACACCUGUGACUGAAUUCUCAGGGUAUACUAGUUUGUUAUCUGAUGUCAAUGAGCCAGUAAGUUCAGGUUCCAAAACUCCAACAAGCCAAAGCUACAGAUGAGAGCCUGAGUGGGAGAAAACCCACAGUUGCUGAAGAUAAUGUUCUGCAUCAUUUUUUUAAAAAUUACUGCUUCUCUUAUUUUAUUGUUAUUAUUGUUAUUAUUAUUUUUUUAAUUAACAUGUCUAUUUUAAUAUUGCAGACGCUCAGUUUUUCUGCCCACUCUUCCCAGCAAUUGGCCUGCGAGGCAUGCAUCUGCAUUUUUAAAAAUCUGUUGUUUUUAAGUUAAGUAUGCAUUGACUGUUAUAUUUGUGUCAUAAGUGACAUUAGGUCUGAAUCAGGAACUGAAAGUACUUCCUUAAGUCAAGAGUAGUGUAGUGCAGGUUUCUUUUUUUCCAACGACCUGGAGUGUUUGAGCAAUCACCUUUACAACUACAGGAUGCGAAUAAUGGAGAAACAAUGGCAGGGAUUAGCCCAGAACUGAACUAGCAAAAAGAAACAUAUUGUCUGUUACAAAGUUUAUAGUAUUACUCAGGAAAAAACAUGUAAGGAAGAAGCCUAUGAAGUACAGAAGUACAGUGAGCACAGUUUUUAGAUGUUUGAGACUGACUUCAAAGAUAAUUUUUUCUUAUGUUUUGUUGAGUGUGUCACUGCUAUGUUCAGAUUACCUGGCUCAGGUGAAUCCAAUCAGAUCUUCUUUUUUUUUAUUAGAUAAAGCAACAGCUGUUACUAGGCUAGCCUAUCAGGAAAGAUGGCUAUUCAAAUACAUGUCCUUUCACUUUGCCUCAAUACUCUAUUUUGACUGUCCCAAUAACAGAGCCCCGUGGCCUUAAAGUAUUCUGGUUCAGUGAUUUAGUCUUUUUAAGAAUAACAGAACCCUUUGGAACCCCGACGAGGGUUGAGCUCCAGACAGCAUUGUUUUGUAGUCCCAACGAGACUUGUUUGCACUUGAUACAAAACAAACUUGUCUACUAGUUUCAUUUAAAUUAGAAGGCGUUUUUUGUUGAAUUACUGCGUAAUGGUAAAAUUGUGCAAAUAGCUUCUCUCUGCUGAUGUUUCAUAGAAUAAUUUAACAUGUUAAUGAUGCCUCUGGAACCUCAGUAAAAAAGUGGUGAUAAAGAUCGUUGGUUUUGUAGUUCGAACCCCAGACUUUCUGUACUGUCUGAGUUUGCAUGUCUCCAUCUGGUUUCUCCAGGUACUGCAGCCUCUGAAUUUGGUUGAAACAGGACAUGUUGCACUGUAUUUGCAAUGAUAUUUUGAGUAUGUCAAGUGGCGAAAAAAAAAUCUGCCUCUAUGGCUUUGCUUCCUAAAUUCUCAGCUCCAGAUGAUAAACAUUUUGACACUCAAUCCAAAUGUACUCAGUUUAUGAUUGAUAUUUCCCACAGUUAACCCUAACCAAGAUCUAACAACGUGCACAUGCAUUUCAGAGGUCCAUAGGGUUCACAUGUGAAUGUGACUCUGCUUUGGUCUGUCCGUAGUCGGAAUUGAAUCAGAAUAACGGUCCGGUAAUCUGAACAUAGCCAUAAACAAACUGCUGCAGCUCACUUGAACACUGAAACACUUUCUACUUGGCUACAUAGAGAUUAUGGUACUUUCAUGUCAAUGUGAAACUCAAGUCUUUUUCAAAAUAAGGGCCAUACAUAGUAUAUCUAUAUAAAUAUAUAUUUAUAAGAAUAUGUAUUGAUGUAAAGAAAAACAGAUUUAAUCAUUUUUGAUGAACUGUAAUUGAAGUUCAGGAAGAACAACGGUUGAUUUUGUCUCAUCCUUAUAGUAUAUAAGGAUCAGACUUCGAGUAUAUUUUUGGAGAAAUAAAGGGCUGCCAAGGCUUUUCUUUGGCCAACAGAGGGUGCUGUUGAACUGUGAUAUAAUGGCUUUCUCUCCAUCCUGCCCUCUUGUUCUUCCUCAGUUCUUUCUUGAGAAUAAUUCAAUUAGCACUUUGAGCCGUUUUCGUACACAGUGCCCUGUCGGAUCAAGAAAGCUCAAAUGUCAGAUAUGGACUGGCUUUUUGACUGAGACUUAUUGUUUCUGUAUAUGCAGAGUGGGUUUGACACAGUCUGGGUGGAUGUUGAAGAUACCCUGUGGAUGGGUAGUGUGGGCUGGUUAGGAGAAUCAUGCAAAAGUUGGAUUAUUCAUUUGCAUUUUCUCCUUUUAAGGGAGGGAUUAGUGAGGGAGGGAUUGAGGGUGGGAUGUGGAUUUUGACAUUUAAUCGGGAUAUUGUAAAUGUAAUUUCAUACCCCUAGUUUUAGUUUUUGACUUGUUACCCAACUUAGCGUCUUUGCUUUGUAUAAGAUUUGAUGAUAAAAUGUGUGAGUGAUUUUUCUCGGCAGCGUUGUUCAGCACGGGCAGGAAGAGAACAACAGCUGACCACAAAGUGACAUGCAUCUGAACGUGAAUUUGACCUUGUGCAUACUUGCCUAUGCACCAUGCAUAUUUAUCCCCAUUAGACAUUGGGUGCCUAUAUUUGAGAAGUACAGAAGCAGAAAAUGUUCUAGUAUAUGUUAGAUGUCAUUUCUUGCUGAUUUUAAAAUGUAUGUAAUGCUGUACGGUCUUUUUUAUUUUUAUUUUCAAUUUUUCAGAACAAUAAUUGCGCCGUCUUCCAUAGCUGCAGCUGACCUCCAGUGCUGUUACUGAUAUCACUCUGCUGACUGACUCUUUAAAUGCUAAACCUUUAAGACCCCCAUGGCCUGUUUUAAGCAAUCAUGAAAUGUGGCGGAGUGAAUGAAAUGCUGUAUUAUCAUAAGGAGUGAGUUGCCAUGUUGAAGAGUGGAGGCAUGGAUUAGAAUGUGCCUGGCAUAUACCUCAUAUCAAACUUAAAGCAGGGACAGAGUGAAGUAUGUAGCAGAGUUACUGUCAUUAGCACGUGUAGAAAACAAAGUCAUUUUUCAGUGUGACUGUUUUUGUGAAUGUGACAUUUACAGUGACUGGCUGUAACAGUUCCCUGUAAAUGUCUCGUGCCAACCAGUGUUUGAGUCUCUUCAGUUGGACUGUCUCUCUCCCUUCUACACAUAGUAUUUCGCCACAUUGUUUUACUAUGCGUUAGUUUACAAAGAUGUACAAAAACACUACGACCUUCUUUAAUGAAUUCUUACCCCUGUAUAAAUUUCAAUUUUUACUCUUGUUUUACCCCUUUGUUUUUAUCAUCACCACGUUUUGUAGCUGAUGAUAUCUUCCGUUCUUAUUUUCCAGCUUCUUGUGACCUUUGUCACAAGACUGUAUUUGUCCAAUGAACUUAAAACUGAUUAGGGAGAAAACAAUAAAGAAAAAAACAGUUGAAAAAUGUUU